AUGGCGGCACCCGUCUACCCGGUGUGGGUCACUCGCUGGCUGUCCGGGCAGUGGCGGCAGAGGAAGCGGCCCCCGGCUAUCCGCCCGAUCCGGCCGCUGGUGCUAGCCAACAAGGUAGCGAACCGCAGGGAGCAGGCGGGAGAGGCGACGUGCAUCACAGAGAUGUCAGUAAUGAUGGCCUGCUGGAAACAGAAUGACUUCAAUGAUACGGCUUGUGCUGAAGAGAUCCGGACAUUCUACGACUGUGUGGCAAAGGCAGAAAAGGAGCGCAAGAAUCAAAAUGAGGACAAGGGAAACUUGUCUUCAAGCAAAGUGAACAAGCUCCUAAGGAGGUUUCCUCAAAUCACACGUUAUGUAUAAUAAGCUUUGCCAAAGAGACUGUAAGCUAGCAAUUAAAGUUGGAGUUUGUAGCAAAAAAGUGAGAAGUAAACUUGAGUGAGCAUUUGGUGUCAACUGGUACCUGUCAGCAUUGCUGUGUGGAUCUUGACAGCACUUUUGAUUCCAGAGUCAAAAGCAUCUGUCUGAACCAUCAGCUGACUCUCUUCAUGAUGUUCUUGGGCCUUGUAGAAUUAGGGUCGUUGGAGUGUGUUGUUCAGCUAGCCUCAGGAAUGCAUGCAAAUGCCUUUUCUAACAGUUACAAGAUGACUUUUCCUCAUGUGUAAGCUUCCUGCUUAGUUUCUGAGCUGCUGUCAAAAAGUGCUGAGGCCCAGACAUUGACCCACCUUCAAACUGACAGUAAAUUCAUGACUCAUACUCCUAAAUGCACAAUUUGGUUCUUGAAAUUUUUUUAAUGCCUGCUGCUGUAGAAGAGGGCUGUAAAAUGAGGAAGAAAUCUCUAGCAAAAUACCUUGUUAAUACACAAUACAUUGGUAAGGAUCGAAUAGAACUUUAACCUGGAAACUUGUGAUUUAGGCCCUCUGAUUUGCAGGUAGGACACAUGGUGCCACAACAGAUCAAUUAUGUGGUCUAUACUGUGAUAAAAUAACGUAAGACUGUUGUUUGGCUUGGGUGACUCCUAGGCUACAACAAAAUUUUAAAAUUUUGUGGUAAAAAAUAAAAAUGGGGAGAGAAAGCUCAAGCAUGGACUGAUACUGAAAUCGUAAUUAAUUAUUUGUUUUGAUUUGUGAUUUUUUUUUUCCCACUAGAGUACCACAAAAGUGUAUGCAGGUCCCUGUUGUUCUAGUACCAAUACCUGGUACUACUUGCCUUAAUUGGUACGAAAAGUGCAGUGCCCCAGAGAACUAAUGAUAAAUUUCUAUAGCUAAUUCUUUGGGGAAAGAGGAAAAAGCAGAGUAAGAGGGGAAUCUGGCAUACACAGAGUGUGAUUGCCCGUAUGUGACUGUAGCAUUUGUAUGGAGCUGGAGCCUCAGGCUGUUAGCUGUUCACCACAAGUGUAUACUUUCAAGUUAUUGAAGCAGUUUUCGUUUGAUUGUUGCUUAAAAUGGUUCAUUAGUGGGCUGUCCUACAGGUAUCUUAUUCUGUUGUUGCUGUUAUUGCAUAACUGGGUCUUUCAGAGGACUUGGGGUCAUUAAAAAUAUGAUGUUCACAUCUAA